AGGGAGGGCAGAGACAGAGGAAGUCACAGAGGGAAUGAGAUUAGAGCGAGCACUACUCCCUCUCUUCUCUUCUCUCUCUUCUUUUCUCUUCACCACUUCAGUAAAAAAACCCAUAAUUCAUUAGUUACAGCCUCUCAAUUAGAGACCUUGUGUAUGUGUGUUUCCUUUUGUAUGUGAGCCCAUUCAUAGAGAGAAUCCACAUCUGACAGUGUCUACUCCAGCUGUAGUGCAUGUGUGUGUGUGUGUGUGUGUGUGUGUGUGUGUGUGUGUGUGUGUGUGUGUGUGUGUGUGUUUGUGUGUGUGUGUGUGUGUGUCAACCUGAAUGACAGAAAGAGAGAGGGAGAGGGAGCGGACAGGCUCAUAGGGAAGAUCUCAGCAGGGGCAACAGAUCUGGAUUUGCUCGGCUGAAAACACCAAACACAACAGGAUGGAUUUCUGCACGACGUGAACGCGACCGAGGAACACCCGCAUCACACAUUAAAAAAGCCAGGAUGUCAGGAAUGGACGCGCUGUUGGUGGACCGUAAUGAGACUGAAAUCUCUCCAAUAGACAAUGGGACCUUCCUCCGUUUCUCCCCAACCUCUGCUUCCACAUCUGCGGCUGCCUCGUCACCAGGACGUCCGGGCAACGUUUAUGUUUACGUGUGGCUUUUUUUCGGCCUGCUGGUAUUCCUCCUGACGCUGCUCAUCAUCUCCCUCCACAGGCUGAAAAACAUCAUCUCCUCCUCCUCGUCUGUUCCCGACUGCAGCAGCGAGGGAGGGAGCUCCUUCACCAACAUGGAAAUCUGUAGCAUCUCGUCCCAGAGGUCCACCAUCUCCUCACUGUCCACCUAAGGGAGAUGGGAUGGAGCACAUACAGACACAUAGACAUACAGUAUAUGUCCAUGUGCUUACAUGGUAAGCAUGCACACACACAAAGCCCAUGGAGGUCCAGUGCCUUCUCACUGUGACAUACAAAUACAAAAACACUUUUUCAGCCACAAAGAAGCGGACAGCAUGGCAUUAUAGUACAUUCCGUGCAUGUAUAUUCUAUUUCCGGUGGUCCAGUGAGUCAGGUAUGUCCAUGCGAUUUGCAUAGGCACAGGUGAAAUAUAGCUCACAAUGUGAUGAAGAGGUAUUGAGGGUUGAGACUGACUGAACCCCUUUGAGCCUUAUUUCAACGACAAAGACAGAUGAACCUGAGAAACUGCUCUUCCUCAGCAGGAAAAAGCAUUGGAACUAUUGUCUUUCUUCACUGUUUUUGUAAAGGUAAUUUAUUGUACUGUACUUGUCAUAUUUACUGUGGAACAAAUAAUAUUGCUUUAUAGUGCGUACAGCAUGUCUCAUAAUGUCUGUAGACUACAGUACAUUGCCAAAUCAGAAUUACAAUAAUAUUUAAGACCAUACAUUGUACAGAAAUGCAUGCUUGUGUCUCAGUUGUUCAGUAAGGCUUUGGGAACUUUUUUUUUUUUUUUUUACCACUUGGCAAAUUUCUGUAUGAUGCCCCUGGGGAAAGGACAAGACAUACUGCUGUGGAUGUAAAGGUGAGAAAGAAAUGAGGGCUGUCUCUUGGACUCUUGACAGACAGUCUGACUGCAGCUAUAGACCAGGUCAAAACUGGCAUAAACAACAAGAUGAAAUUCUGGUCCUGAAAGACAGUUGCAGUCUCCAUAGUGACUGAUGCUCUGAGAGCUCUGUGCAGCUGUCAGCCUUGUCUGUAUUCCAAGUAUAACUACAAUAAUGGUUGUUUUGGCUCAACAUACAUCAUUUUUGUUUUAAUACCGUAAAAUGUUUCUUUGACAUGGCAACAAAAAUACACACUCGAAACAAAUUAUUAGAAAAAGAUUCAUUCAUCUUUGUCACACUUUGCCAUAAAAUUCAAUAUGAACUGAUGGCUUGUAGAGCAGCGAUGACGGCUACGAGGCCACGGACAAUACAAGGAGUCAUAUCUGUCAGUGUUCUUAUCAACAAAUCCUAAUUUUUUUCAGUUGAUGGUACUGUGUCAGCCAAACUCUUUGGUUCCCCAAUCACAGUGUUGACUAUUGGUUCAUUAUCUCAGCUGUUGACAAACAUGUAUGGUUAUUAUGUCUAGAACCUGUUUGGUUUAAAGUACAAAAGAUGUUUUAAAUAAUAGCUAAAUGUUGGUUUUCAAGUUAACCAGGAAGUAAACUCUUUGUUUUAGCCUGGUGAUGUUAAAAGAAUAACCCCCUGAUUGAACCCCCUGACUGUGUUUUGUUAUAUUAAAGCUCACAUUUUCAGUUCUAGUCCUGCAAACACAAAUCAUUCAGUGAAAGUAGAUUCAAUUAUUUUCCUUGCAUGAUUUACUGUACUGGAUGUAACUGCAAAGCUGACUUUUGUCCCUGGAUUAAAUGAAUGCAACUAAGGAUUCCAUCCUCUCUUACACAUUGUACAUAUUCUCUUUUUUCAUGCUUGUAAGGGAUGUGUUCCUACUUGUAUCUCUAUUUGAUUACUGGGUCUGCUGCAUAAGGUGCUUUAAUAUCCUGUUAACGGAAACUCCCAGCACCAUGAGCCCAACAAGUCUACAGCAACUUGUGACGCAUGCAAUUAACCAAACUCACACCUGAAACUUUACACAGUUUAUCUUUAAGAAGCUCCACAGGAGAGGCUUUGAGUUACAUGACUUGCUUAAGGGAACUUGAGUUCUUUCAUUGAUUCGAUUUAAGCAGGAGACAAUGCAGGACCAGAUCCUACAGAUGGAAAAAACAUACAGCUAGUGCUGGAAAUAGAAACUGGACACGUUGUUAAACUAACGCUGCUCUGUACGUCUUAGGUCUGUGUUCUUAGGAGGUGCUGCAGAGAAUGACGGACAGUAACAGACUGAAAUGUGUUUCUUGAAAUCAUCUGAAGAAGACUGGUGUCUAGUGAAUGCAACAAUAACACACCCUUGUGUGUUAAAAAGGAACCUUUUAGUGAAAAAGCAUAUUUGACCAAUAAAAAGUAAAGUCAUCAAA